AAACGGCUGUAGCCGGCCCUGGAAACCUCGCUGGAGGUGGAGCCUCCUGUGCAGCUCACGUUGUUUUCUUUCGUAAAUCCUUUAUGUACUCCCUCCUGGGCCUGCGUUGUCGGAAUGUGCAAUAGGUUAAAAUGUUGAGGAAGUGAAAUGACAGAACCACGGCGGUUCAACCUCAACCAUUGCUCGUGUUUCCGCAGCCUGGACUGUCAUGGCUCCACACCGAGUGUUCGCCCUGCCGAGACAGCAGUCUCUCCUCCUGCCUGCGGUCAUCAACCCGUUCGUGCAGGACACUAAGCUGUCCAGAGCUACAGUUAUUAAAUGUGUCCUCCUGGGAGUCUUCCUGGUCCCUGUCCGUGCAGUCCUGCUGUCCCUGGUCCUGAUGGUGACAUGGCCCGUGUCUGUCAUAACAACCUUCCAGCAUCCCCUGAAAGGAGCCGUGCGACCAAUGACAGGCUGGAGACGGUUCAUGUGUCAGAGGAUAAUGUCCGCCUUGGGCAGAGCCUACUUUUUCUGCCUGGGCUUCAGGGUGGUGGUCAAGGGGAAGCAGGUGUGCAGCAGCGAGGCUCCCAUCCUGGUUGUAGGGCCCCACUCCUCCUUCUUUGAUGGGAUUGUGUGCAUCAUUGCAGGCCUUCCCUCCACUGUGUCCCGCACUGAGAACCUGGCUGUUCCUAUAUUUGGCAGGUUUGUGCGCUGCCUCCAGCCAGUGCUAGUUUCCAGAACGGACCCUGAUUCAAGGAAAAACACAAUCCGGGAGAUUGAGAAGAGAGCCAAGUCAGGAGGACAGUGGCCACAGGUUCUGAUCUUUCCAGAGGGGACGUGUACUAAUCGCUCCUGUCUCAUCACCUUUAAACAAGGGGCCUUUAUCCCAGGAGUCCCUGUGCAGCCUGUACUUGUGAGAUAUCUGAACAAACUGGAUACAAUUUCUUGGACAUGGCAGGGUUUUGGCUCGAUGACACUUCUGCUUCUCACUCUUUGUCAACUGUACACCACAGUAGAGAUAGAGUUCCUUCCUCCACAUAUUCCCUCAGAGGAGGAAAAGAAAAGUCCGGCUGUGUUUGCCAGCAAAGUGAGGGAACGCAUGGCACAUGCUUUGGGCAUCCCAGUGACAGACCACACAUAUGAGGACUGUCGCCUGAUGAUCUCUGCAGGAGAACUGACGUUACCCAUGGAGGCCGGUCUGGUGGAGUUCACCAAAAUAAACCGCAAACUGAAUCUAAAGUGGGACAACGUCAGGAAGGAGCUGGAAAGCUUCGCUGCCAUGGCCGGUUCCUGUCACGGAGGACGCAUCGGUAUUGAGGAGUUUGCUAAAUUCCUGAAGCUCCCCAUUAACCCCGCCCUCAGGGAGCUGUUUGCCUUGUUUGAUAGGAAUGGAGAUGGUAGUAUAGACUUCAGAGAGUAUGUCAUUGGUGUGACCAUCCUGUGUCGACCAGCCAACACUGAAGACGUUCUUAGCAUGGCUUUCAAGCUGUUUGACACGGACGAGGAUGAGAAAAUCACACGCGAGGAAUUCACCGCUCUGCUCUACUCUGCUCUGGGUGUGUCAGAUCUGAACAUGGCCAAACUUUUCAAAGAGAUUGAUGCUGAUGGCUCCGGUUACAUCACAUUCAGUGAAUUUCAAGCCUUCGCUUUGAACCACCCAGUAUACGCCAAGCUGUUCACCACCUACCUGGAGCUUCAGAGAUACCAUGCGAUCCAAGAGGCGCUGCCGGGAGAUCUGGAACUCACUGGUCAGCUCGAUUCAAAAGGAACGGAGGAAGAAAGCACCUCCGAUAAGAAGGACGACUGAACCACUGACAAAUGUUUAGACUAAAAGUAAAGGCAGAAUCUUGCUUUAGUCACUUGCCACAGCAGAGCCCCAGCCUUGUAGGCUUUUCCAUGACAGUGUACAUUUUUAAAGUUUAGUGCCUUUUUAAAUUCUGUUUCCAUAUAGCUCGGAAAAAGGUCAUAGGUCCAACAAUAGUUGUCAUUUUUGUGUGCUAUUGCAGAGUAACUGCAUACGCUCCAGUGAACCUCCUAAACAUUUUAGCUUUUAUAUUUUCUACCACUGUUGUGUUUUGUAUCUUAACCAGAUCACCACAGAACUGCUCAGCAGUUUUGUUUUGUUUUUAUGUGGUUCUGUUGAAUUGUUUUUAACUUUGCUUGAACUCAGUUGAAGCUAAAUUUGUGAUUCUUAUCCCCUGCCUUUGUAGUUUCCUGUAAACCAAGUCUUAAAAGUUGCCAAAACAUUGUAAGCAAAGAGACGUCGUACUAAUGUAUUACAGUGUGAAUUGAUGUACAGUAAGGUUUAUUAAGAUGUAAACAAACUGAGAACAUGCAGUUUGUUCUGUUUCCUCCUUACAUCUAGAGCACACGCUGCGUGUUACACUCCGUUUCUGGUGCUCAGGGACUUGGCGGUAUAAUUAGCCAAAGGUUUGCUUUGUAUGUGCUUCUAUUUGCAUCUCACCAGAAGUUUGUUUUGCUGAGGCGGCAGUGCAUCUAUUCAGCCCGAUGUUUAUUAACACGAAGCAAUCACUGGAAUUAGGGCAAUUUGUGAGCAAAAAGGCAGCAGCAGUUUCCACACACCGCCGUAUACCAGCAGGGUAUGAUACCAGAUAAACAAGCAGUACUGUGUUUGCAAUUAUGAGAGGGCAGUAAUGUAUUCUUUAUUCUGUUGUUAAUUCUGCCGGGUUUGCUUUUUAGAAUAAAAUCCAGUUUUAUUUUG